CAGGAAAUCACACUCUCCGUCAAAACAAAGUAGCAUAAGCCCCAAAAUGCAGAUUCCAUCCAAUUUCCCCCUAUCUUCAAGGUUCAAGUACAGUUGAGCUGAGCUCAAAUUCCAAAUUCUGGUGCCGGAGACUGUUUGUUUCGAUUUCCGUCGAAAGGCCCUGCCGGGAUUUCUUGGACGACAACGAGCCAUGUCUGGUUCUCGGCUUUCUCUUCGUUUCUUCUUGUGACUUUUUGUGCUCAUCAGCUUGAGCAAAGCCCGUGAAAUAUUUUAUGCUGAAACAAACAGCCGAGCAAAGUUAUCUUCAUCAGACUCAUGGAUGGGAACCUAGUGAAGCAUCAAAGCCUGCAGUUGAUAUCUGUUCCUUAAUUUUGUAUAGAAGAUUCUUCUGCACUCUUUUAGCUGUUCAGCUUAGGCUAACUAAAGAUCCAUAGACCAAGUAAUGGAUCCUAAUUCAUCUCAGAUUCGGAAUGCGAACACAAAAGAGAAAGCAAAAAACUUGAUGUGGACGAAUGAAAUGGACCGUUGCCUCACAAAGGCUCUUGUACAGCAAGUGAAACAGGGAAAUAAAAUUGAUAAAAGCCUGUCAUCCUCGGCAUAUGCAGCUGCCGUUGCAGUUUUAAAUGAAAAAUUUGCACUUGACUUGAACAAAGAGCAUAUAAGAAAUCGUCUAAAAACAUGGAAGAAGCAAUAUGGUGUAUUAAAGGAGCUCCUUUCUCAAAGUGAGUUCCAGUGGGAUGAGAGACAAAAAAUAUUUGUUGCAAAUGAUUCUGGAUGGAAUGAAUACAUUAAGGCAAAUCCUGAUUCCAAGGCUUCCCGGCCCAGUUUCAUAGAAAAUUAUAAUGACUGGUGUAUGAUAUUGGGAGAUUAUCAGCCAACUGUGAGCUCUUACAGGACCAAAGUUGAAGUUGAUGAGGACUUUCCUAUUGAUGAUGAGCAUGUAGAGAAUGCUGAUGUGGUUCAGAUUUGCAAUGGCAGCUUAAAAGAGAAGGGUAAAAACAUGAUGUGGACAAUUGAAAUGGACCAUUGCCUCACAAAAACUCUUGUAGAUUUAGUGAGAGAGAGUAAAGGAAAGGACAAAGUUCUGAAAAAUGCAGUGUAUGCAGCUGCGGCUGCUACUUUAAAUGAAAAAUUUGGGAUUGACUUGAUGUUAGGCCAUGUAAGGAAUCGGCUUAAAACCUGGAAGAAACGGUAUGGGGUUCUGAAGGAACUUCUUUCUCAGAGCGGCUUUGAGUGGGAUGAGACACAAAAGAUGGUCAUCGCGAAUGAUUCUGUAUGGAAUGAGUACGUCAAGACACAUCCUGAUGCCAAGGCUUUCCGGGCAAGGUGCAUUGAAAACUAUGAUGAAUUGUGCCUCAUCUUUGGCAAUGAUCAAUUUGCUGAAAGUUGUUCCAGAAAUGAUGCGGGACUUGAUAGCUACUUGCCUGCUGAGAAUGAAGGUGUAGAGUCUGUUGGUGCAUGUCAAGCUUGGGGUGAUGACCCGAAGGACAAAGGAAGGUAUAUGGUUUGGACAAAUGAAAUGGACCAUUGUCUCACUGAGGGUGAUGACCCGAAGGAGAAAGGGAAGUACAUAGUUUGGACAAAUGAAAUGGACCAUUGCCUCACUGAGAUAUUGGUAGAUCAAGUGAAAAAGGGGAACAAAAAAGAUAAAUGUUUAAACAAUACAGCAUAUGUAACUGCUGUGAAAACUCUGAAGGAAAGAUUUUCUCUUAACUUGAACAAGGACCACGUGAGAAAUCGGCUUAAAACUUGGAAGAAACAGCAUGGAGUAUUGAAGGAACUGCUCUCUCAGACCGGUUUCCAGUGGGAUGAUGAACGAAAGAUGGUUGUUGCACAUGACUCUUUAUGGAAUGAAUAUCUCAAGGAACACCCAGAUGCAAGGGUUAUCCGAGGGAAAGUCAUUGAGAACUAUGAUGAAUUAUGUAUUAUCUUUAGCAAUGAUCUGUCAACUGAAAGUCAUUCCAGAAAUGGGGUUUACUGCGAGGAACAUGUUGAGGCUGCGGAUCAGUUUACAUUAGUGUAUAAUGAUAUCAACCCUGGUGAUGUGGGUGAUGGCAUGGAAGAGUCAUCCCAGCAGACCAGAGCGCAACCUGCUUCAUCUUCACGCUCCAAAAGGCCCCUAAAGAGGAAGCGUGCCAACAAUAUGAUGUUGGAAACCAUGAGUGCUAUGGCUACAAAUAUUGGAAGGAUAGCGGAUGCACUGGGACAACAUAGCAAAACGGUGAACUUGGAUGAAUUGUUUGAUGUGGUUCAGAAGAUUCCAGGUUUCGACGAUGAUCUUAUUAUUGAAGCUUGUGAAUAUCUCUCUGUUGAUGAGAAGAAGGCUAAGAUGUUCUUAAAACUAGAUGACAGAUUAAGAAGACUAUGGUUGUUAAAACGAUUACAUGGUCGUAGCAGCUAGUAUGCUAUGCAAAGGUUCCAGCAUUGGAUUGUUUGGUGGCCAAUGUGUUAAUGUGGGUCGGUGGUGGGGACCAAUGUUUAAAAGUCUGGAAUUGGACAUGAGAUCUGCUUUCAUCGAUUCUAAUAUGGAUAUCAGCCAGAACCCUGGAAAUUACAGUUGUGGAGAAGAACCAAAGAUUUCCGAAGAUCUGUGAUUUCUUUUGGAGUUUUUGACUCAAAAGACUUGUAAAUCAUGCUACAAGAGGUAAGUUUCAUUGAUUUCCUGUUAUUUUAGUGACUAAAAGAAUGGAAAAAUGAGUAUCAAAGAGCAUUCUUUGACUGUUUCCCGAAGAAAAAAAAAAGCAUUAAUUAGAAUCUGCUCAACCGAUUCCAUC